GUAGUCGACGAGCCAGUCUCGAACACGCGACGAGUCGGCCUGUGGACACUGGAGAGGGCUAAUCGCGACUCUCUCUAUUUCUCUCUAUCCAUCAGUCAGUCGCGAACCCACUGGGCGAGCGAGCUUUAUUUUCUUCAUUUUUUUCAUCCUUCCUUUGUUUUUGCUUACUUGCGCUGGCGAAAGGGCGAGAAAGUAGUCAGAAAAUAACAAACCGUCGUGUCGAUUCCGUUCCCUUUAUUCAUCUUUCUCGAGCACUUUUUUCAAGUACUUUUUUUAUGUACGCGCUCGAAAAGAUCGCAAUCGACAACCCGACAAACGUGUCAUCACUUGCGUGAAUAAUUUUCAGUUUUUUCUUCUCCCUCCCGCCGUUCCUUUCGCUUUAUCAAUUCCUCGGAAACCGUGAUUAAACAAACUCGCUUAUCUCGUCGUUAAUCCCGCGGUUAGAUCCACCGGAAUAAUCAGAUUACGGGAAAAAAGGAGAGAAAAGAAAAGCAGGGGUUGGAUCGGAGGUGUCGUCGGUGCUGAACCGAAAAGUUCUCGACUCGCGUCACACUCGAACUGACGUUUGAGUUGACCAAGUCUACGAGCAGAUCCCUAACUGCAAUCAGCAUCAUUCCGAUCACGAGACAAUGGUGCUUGUUCGCAAUUCGUGAUAGCGUGACUAUCUUCGUUCGUUCAAGGAACCCCAACCUCGAGAAUACGUCAGACGUCGGUCGGGAGGCUGGCGGAGGGAGGAUCAAAACUUCGGUGAGAGAGGUUCACAAUGACUCAUCGGAUCAAGACGGCACGCGUUCAACGAAAAUGGACACACUGAGAAGCGAAGGCUCGACGGCGCGGAAGAACGGAAAGCCCAAGGGUGGAAGGUGGUACAAGGGCGCGUUGCGAGAAAAAACGGAUUGACGACUCGUCGGGAAGCGUCCGAGGAGGAGGCUGUCGACGCCCGGAGGUCGUUGAUUCUUCAUUUUUUCCUUUGAUUUCUCGUCACUUCGAAGAGGAGAAAAAGAAGCGACGAAAGCAUAGGAAAAGGAGGGCGAGAAGAGCGGGGACAAAAGGAUAGAAAAGGCGGAAAAAAAAUAGGAAAAUGAUCGACCCGAGCUCCUCGGAAGAGGAGAGCGACGAGGACCAGAGCACCCAUCACGGGGGUGGGGGCGGGGCCAAGGCCGGCGGCCACGGCGCCCGUCGUCAUCCCGGUGGCGGGGGUGGGGGUCCUAGUGCCGGCGCAGCCGGUGGUACCGGUUCCGGUAUGGGACUUACCGCGUCGCCCGGUGGUCCAAGCUCCCAGGGUGGCGCCAUGGGAUCACCCAAUCUUCACGGCCCCGGAGCCGGAGGCGGCGGCAGCGGACACAGUCCUCACGGACGUAACAUCGCGGCCGGACAAUCUCAACCCCCCGAUAAUGGUUCACCCGGCCUCGAUGUGCCCAAUUCGUCGAGCGCAAGGACGUCGCUGUCGCCGUCAAUGGGCGCCACUCAGGAUGCUGCCAAUUACGGAAAGUCGGCGCAAAGGCCCACCAGCCCUUCGCCCUCUGUCGCGAGCGAAAAAACCGAAGCUGAUCUCCAGGACAAGCAGGAGCGCGAAGAGGAAGAGAGAAAAACUCGAAUCCAACUGUACGUAUUCAUCUCGAGAUGCAUAGCGUAUCCCUUCAACGCGAAACAACCAACGGACAUGACCCGAAGGCAAAUGAAGAUAACGAAGCAACAACUCGAGACUCUGUGCUCUCGCUUUCAGGCAUUUUUGAAAGGCGAGACCCAGAUAUUGGCUGACGAGGCUUUUCACAAUGCGAUACAAAAUUACUUCGACGUAUUUCUAAAGUCCGAGCGUGUUGUCAGAAUGGUGCAGAGCGGUGCUUGUUCCCAGACCGACUUCCGCGAGGUCUUCAAGAAGAACAUCGGCAAGCGUGUUCGUAGCCUCCCGGAAAUCGACGGGUUGAGCAAAGACACUGUUCUUACGUCCUGGCUGGCCAAAUUCGAUUGUAUAUUCAAAGGUACCGGGGACGAGGAAAACAAAAGGCCAUCUAGGAUGCAACAGCAGUCUUUAAAUUCGGAGUUAAUACUCUCGAAAGAACAGCUUUACGAUAUGUUUCAACAAAUACUUGGUAUUAAAAAAUUCGAGCAUCAGCUUCUGUUCAACGCCCUCUUGUUGGAUUCAGCCGACGAGCAGGCUGCCGCCAUCAGGAGGGAGCUGGACGGUCGCAUACAACGAGUCAACGAAAUGGAGAAGAAUCGGAAACUCAUGCCGAGGUUUCUCCUAAAAGAAAUGGAGUCGCUCUACAUCGAGGAGCUUAAAGCGUCUAUCAACCUGCUAAUGACGAAUUUAGAGUCAUUGCCGGUUUCAAAAAAUCCGAUAGAUAGUCGAUACGGGUUGCAGAAGCUGAAGCGUCGUAGUGACCGCUCCCGCUACCGCCCCCAAGGUCCAUUAUCGAAAUUGGAGGGCGACUCCGCCGAUUCCGAACCACAAUUGACUAAAGUUGACGUUGGCCUCGCUUUCCCUCUCGAGGUCAUCGUUAUGGAGGUCAAGGGCCUCAAGAGUCUCGCACCAAAUCGCAUUGUUUAUUGUACCAUGGAGGUUGAGGGAGAUAAAAAAUUACAAACUGAUCAAGCUGAAGCCUCGAAGCCAAUGUGGGAUACACAGGGUGACUUCACGACGAUGUAUCCAUUGCCAGUAGUGAAGGUCCGUCUCCUGACGGAAAAUCCAGCGAUAUUGGCGCUGGAGGAUAAAGAAUUGGGGAAAGUGAUAAUAAAACCGACCCCGUUGUCAUCGAAGAAUCCGGAAUGGCAUCGUAUGACAGUGCCAAAAAACAAUCCGGAUCAAGAUUUACGGAUUAAAAUAGCAUGUAGAAUGGAGAGACCGUUGAACAUGAAGCACGCCGGUUAUCUCUAUGCGAUCGGUAAAUCCGUAUGGAAGAAAUGGAAAAAGCGGUAUUAUGUUUUGGUCCAGGUCUCACAGUACACGUUUGCGAUGUGCUCGUACAAGGAGAAAAAGAGCGAGCCGUCGGAAAUGAUGCAGCUGGAUGGCUAUACAGUGGACUAUAUCGAGCCCGUUUCCGCUAAUCUCAUGGCUGGCAUAGACUUGGAGGGUGGAAGCUACUUCUUCAACGCCGUCCGCGAAGGAGACAAUAUAGUCUUUGCCUCGGACGACGAGAACGAGUGGCAAUUAUGGGUGAUGGCGAUGUAUCGGGCGACCGGCCAGUCACACAAACCAACACCGCCCGUAUCGGUUGCCGACAAAAACUCCACAAUCAGCAAGAUCCAGGGUGACGCUGACAGAGCUAGGAAACACGGAAUGGAGGACUUUAUCGGCGCCGAUCCGUGCAAAUUUGACCAUGCUGGUCUAUUCAAGUUCUUACAAAACUUGACGUUGGAUUAUCGACUCAACGAUCCUUACUGUUCAUUGGGUUGGUUUUCACCCGGACAAGUCUUCGUUCUCGACGAAUAUUGCGCAAGAUAUGGCGUUCGCGGUUGUUAUCGUCAUCUCUGCUAUCUGAGCGAUCUUCUGGAUCGCGCAGAGCGUGGGUGCAUGAUAGAUCCGACACUGAUCCACUUUAGUUUCGCUUUCUGUGCAUCACACGUUUACGGAACGAGCACGGACGGUAUCGGAUCCAUCACUCACGAAGAGAAGGACAAGUUUCAGGAGAUACGUGAACGUCUUAGGCAACUUCUCGAAAAACAAAUCACCAACUUUAGGUUCAGUUUUCCAUUCGGGCGUCCAGAAGGAGCUUUGCGAGGCACACUUUCGUUGCUCGAGCAUGUACUAAUGAAGGACACGGUAACGCCAGUGCCGCCGGAGGCAGUGCGAGGAAUGAUAAAAUCGUGUUUGGAAACAGCGGCUUUAGUUAAUUACGAGAGGUUAUCAGCUGCAGCUAAAAUCGAGGACGAUUAUAACGGUGAGGUGUGCGUACCACCUGGCAAAAAGCUCGAAGAUCUAAUACAUCUUGCCGAGCUAUGCGUCGAUCUAUUGCAGCAAAACGAAGAACAUUAUUCGGAGGUAGCGUUCGCCUGGUUUAGCGACCUCCUGGUGGAGCACGCCGAGAUCUUCUGGUCCCUAUUCGCCGUCGAUAUGGACAAAGUGCUCUCCGAACAACCCCCAGACACCUGGGACAGUUUUCCACUCUUUCAAAUAUUGAACGAUUAUCUCAGGCUAGACGACAACUUGAAGAACGGAAGAUUCCAUCAACAUUUGAGGGACACUUUUGCACCGCUCGUUGUACGAUACGUCGAUCUAAUGGAAACUUCGAUAGCACAAUCGAUUCACAAAGGAUUCGAAAAGGAGAGAUGGGAAAUAAAGGGAAACGGAUGUGCUACGUCCGAGGAUUUGUUCUGGAAAUUAGACGCCUUGCAAUCUUUUAUCGGUGGUUUACACUGGCCUGAUCAAGAAUUUCGUUCGCAUCUCGAGCAACGCUUAAAAUUAAUGGCUUGCGACAUGAUUGAAUCUUGCAUUCAACGUACAGACUCGGCUUUUCAGCAAUGGCUCAAAAAAGGCGUCACAUUUAUUUCUACGGAUUAUAUUAUACCGUCGGAAAUGUGCGCAAUGGUGAACGUUAUCUUGGACGCGAAGAAUCAGAGUUUUAAGCUUUGCGCUGUCGAUGGAGUCGAUGUGCAUCAAUACCACGCGAAAAUCGAUGACUUGAUCGACAAAACGUCCACGAGUAUGAGCCAAGGAAUGAUCAAUAAACUCGUCACAGUGUUGGAAACAACGCUGUCGAAACUGUCACGGUACGACGAGGGUUCUUUCAUCGGUUCGAUUCUGUGCUUUACGAAAGUGUCAGGGAGCGGAAAGGAAAUGGGUCAGGCCUACGUAAACUUCACGAGGAAUUGCAUGGAUCAAAUACGUAGCAAAGUCAUCGACGAAUUAUGGAUUUUGAACUUCUUCGAGCAAUGGUACACCCUGCAAAUACAGAUGCUCUGCAACUGGCUCUCGGACAGACUGGAUCACAGUCUCCAUCUUUAUCAGUGUACCUGCCUAGCUCAAGUGGUCAAGAAAAUAUAUUCGGAUUUCGAGCUACAGGGUGUCAUGGAGGACAAAUUAAACUCCCAGACAUAUCAAACGAUUUCGUCGAGAAUGCAGACGGAGGAAGCAACUUGUGCCUUAACCAUGAGCUCUCAGAACGAAGAGGGUCUCUCGGAGAACGGUAACGAUGACGAGGUCGAGAGGCCAAAAACGAAGGUGACGAUAGUCGAGUCAGGUGGUGAGGAUGGCAAUUCAUUGACGAACAUCACCAACGUGACAUCGAAUGUAGUUGGAAAGGUUGGAAGUAUGUUCGGCAAGGGGAUCGGUGGCCUUUCCACCAAGUUCGGCGGGGGAAGUUGGUUCUAGUUGAUCGAUAUAGCGACAACACUGCGGUGACAUACCCCGGCGAGCUGACAGGACUCGUUGAAACGAUAAAUAGCAGGAAAAUAAUAAGAAUAAAGAGAAAUAUGAAGUAAAAAUGAAAUGGGAGAUGAAAGAGAGCGCGGGAGAUCAGAAAGGAAAAGCCUCAAUUUGCCUAGGACCUUCGUUCACUUGUCUCAAAAAUUCAAUCGAAAAACAGUCAGACGCACCAAUAUUUCCAGCGAAUGAAUAAGGAAUGAGCGGCUCGAACGCCGUGGAAAGCCAAAAGCGAAAGCACGUGGAAGAUAAUGCGAGGAUAAAGUAACAAAGCGUCGAGAGUUCCGGAGAGAAAUGGACGUCAAGGUCGAACCUUGAAAGUAAACGAAGAAUCGGACGGACCGAGAGAAAAAGAAAUAUUUAUUAGUAGAGAAGUGAUUGAAGAGAAGGAGAAUAAAGGGGAGCAAUUAUUUGAACGAAUGGUGAUCACGAAGUUUUUAAUCUUGAAAAACGUGUGAAUUAUUCGCUCGAAUCACGAUCUCGCCGCAAAAAAAUAUGAUAAUGAUUUAAUUAGAGCAAAUGUUACGAAGCAGAUGCGGGGGCGGAAAGAAAAGAAUGAAAAAAACAUAUUUAGUCAUACAUGUGUGAAAACCAAAGAAGCCAAAGAAUAUGAAAAUAUAAAAUUAAACAAAUGGCACGAAUAACAAAUGUCCACGAGUAUGGGACGAAGCUUUAGAGCAAAUUAAAAAAAAAAACAUACGAUAUAUCGAAUAUGUCGCAUCGAGAGUAUACAGUAGAACUUUUGGUUUCGUUCUUUCUUUUUUAAACGUUGAUUCUCAAUUUUCAUUUUCUUAUGCUUUUGAAUUUUCAGUCUGUUUGUGACAGCGAACGUAGCGCCGUUAACGUAAGAAGUGAAACACACACAGACAUAUUUACAAACACGAAUGAAAAACAGACACGAACACACGGGGGGCGUGUUUAGCGACCGUUUCGUCCGAUUGUAGAUCUAAACGAGUGACAUUUAUAUAAACAUAUGUAUUGAGACGUAUCAAGAUAGCAAAAAAAGGAGAAAAGCAUGAAAAAAUUGUGAAUUUUCAUUGAGCUCGUUUGUUUCGUUGAAUAAUUUCUUGUUUCAUAUUACAAAGUAGAAUAAAGAGAGAGAAAGAGAGAGAGAGAGAGAGAGAAGUAAAUAAGAGAAAAAAAUCAUGACUAAAUUCGGUGGGUAGGAAAAUCUGUUAAACGAAUGAAUCACGAAGUUGUUUUUGUAAAUAAAUUUUAGCAGGAAUGUGAAACUGGAGUAAGCGAGCGAGCGAGAUAGAGAGAGCAAGAGAGAGAAAUAACUUUUUAUAUAAUAUAAAUUGCGCGAGUCAAUGACGACGAAACCGUGUGUGACUAGUUGAUAUUUUUCGCCAAUUUUUCCCUUUGUUUUCUCCCCCCCCCCCCCCCCCCCCCGCUCGAAACAUAUUUAUCGAUUUUCGAAAGGUGAAAAGACAAAUAAUAAGUGAAGAUGAGUAAAUUGUACAAAAGAAGGGAAGAAUUUUCAUUUCUUCCCUCUUUUUCGCAUGCUCACCUGCGAAUUUUCAAUAAUUCCAAACACAUUUAAAAAAACACAAUAACAGAAAACAGUAUUGUCAGAUAUUUGUUUUUGUUUUCAUACGAAUUUACGAGCGUAAUCGCAACAGUGCACAGCGGGCUAAGAGAAAACGACAAAAAAAAAAACGAAACGAGAAAGAAAAAAUAAAACAAACACUUCGGACAAAAUUACGUCUCGAAGUUACGAAUAAUUAUAAUUUUCAUGAUAAUAACGUAGCGUGCAGGACGUAAGAGAGGAUAGAGAGGAGAUUGUUUCGGCCUCAUUUUUCGUGAACGUAAAUGUGGGAAUGAAACAAAAGAAAAUAUUCAAUAUACGAAAGGGAUUUAAAAGAAAACGAAAAUAAAAUCCAAAAAAUACGUUUAUCUCGUUCUCGUCGUCGAGAGGGAGUCCUAGGAGCGUGUAUUAAAAAAAAAAACAAAGAAACAGAAGGAAACGAAGAAUCCUCGAUUCGAUAAUAUCUUUAGUAAAAAAAAAAAAGGGGGAAAAAAGCAAAAUGAAAAAAGCAAACAACAACAAUUAAAAAUAAUAAUAAAACCUGUACAAAGUUUAGACUGACCGUAAGUAAGUGAAAUUGGCCUUGCAUCGAAGCACCGAUAGAUUUCUUUAGAUUCUAAUUACUUCGGCAACGAAUCGUAUGUAUGUGUGUGUACAUGUAUCUAUAUUUAUGUGUAUAAACAUAUAUGUAUUUGAUUGGCAAGAAAUAUAUGUAGACACACAGACAUACGUGAGUAAAUAACGCUGCAUAUUGUAUCGAACAGGUUAAUUGAAAAUCGUCGUGUUAAAUAAUGAGUGAAUAUGGCAAAAAAUUUGAGUUUCAAGAAGCGAGAUAAAAAAUGCAAAAUAAAAGUGACCUAAAGACGGAAAAAAAAACGGUAAAUAAAAACGAAGCUAAAUUAUUAUGUACUAAACUAUAGAAAUUCUGAAAAAUCAAGAAAAGAAAAAACGAAUAAGAAAGAAGAUUAAAAUGACGAUGAGUUCUAGGGUCGUUACGAUUAUCAUGAUUAUCAUUACUAUACUUACUAUCGUCGAAAUGCUGUUAUUAAUCUGUAAAAGCAUAGUUUCAUUAGACUUUAGAAAAAGACGAAGAACAGCGGUUUCCAACCGUGACGAUCGAAACUCUUUUUCGCUCUUCGACGAUUAAACUAAUUAUGUAGUUCCUUGCACUUCUAAUAUCUCAAAAAUUUCGAUUUUAUUCUACUUCUACUUCUUCUUCUUCUUCUUCUUCUUCUUCUUCUCCAUUAUUGCGUUUUCUGUCGUCUUUGUCAAUGAAAAUAAAAAAGCUCCAAGUAACGAAUCAAAUAUGAAAAUAAUAAUAUGAACGAAACGAAAGAAAAGAGAAGAGAAAAUAAAAAACAAAAUAACUUACGAAAGACGAAUAAUUCAAUCCAUGCGUUUGAAAGAAACGAUUCUAACUCCUAGCCAGGUGUUCUUCAGCACAUUUGAAUUUUACUCAAUUGUUGUUCUCUCGUUAAUAAAAAAGACGUGUGGAAAAAAAAUUAAACGAAAAGAAACUAACGGCACGGUGGAUACACGGCAAAAAGGAUCUCUCGCAUUUUUGUGUGUCCUACUAUACAUGUAUUUGUGACAUUUUUUUAUGUAAGCAUAUUUUAGAGGACAUUAGGUGAGCUUCAAUAAACGAAAUGUAACGUUUUCUCUAUUUUAGUACUCGGUCAAAAAUGCCAAUUUUUCAAUAGUAUUUUUUUUCUUCGAUUCACCAAUCCAAAUUCAUUUGCAAUACGAUUUUGACUGAUCUGGAAUCUCUACAUUGGCAUUAUCGGGGAGAAAAACUGUAGGCAAAUCCUCUAAAGCAUCGCUCCAAUUUAAACAUGCAUAAAUUCAUUUAUACAUGUAUACAGACACUACCUUCUCGUACGACGAACGGUUUCAUUCGGCAUGCCGCUUACAUUUCCGGUGAAAAAAGAAAAUAACGAUCACGCAUAUCACAACUUGAACGAUCUCAUGUCGUCUCACUCUCCAAUCUUAUCUAAUCCUCACGCUGUGCGAAAUAUCAUUGUCAUUUACUUUUUUACUAUAUAUCUAUGUAUAUCUCUCGCUCAUUCGCACGAUUCGUAGUUAAAUAACACUCAAUAUCCAAGCCUAUCUCACACAUAUGCCAUUACGAUCAUUCGUUUUUAAUGUGACGAAAACACUAGAAGGAAAAAAAUAACGAAAGAAAACACGCUGUGCAUCUGUACGAGAUCUACGAGCAGCUUAUACGAAUUUUUCACUCACUCAUGUUAUUAUUCUUAUUACCAUUGUUAUCGUUAUUUAUUUGACCGUUUUUUUUUUUUAAUAUUUUCUUCUUAUUUUGUCUCGAAAUGCAUUUUAUGAACAAUAUCAAAUAUCAAACGCUUUUAUUGCACCGCGACAAGUGUUACGAAAGUGUACGAGCAGAAUGUAGCGCGAGCGACGAGUGGCGCGUCAUAUAUAUGUGUACAUAAUAAAAAAACAAAACGUUUGCAAGAA